AUGGGAUGGUACAGCAGUCUCGUUUCCCUUUCUCGUGACGAAAGGGUCAUUUUAGUGGCCUUCGGCCUUGCUUCGUUGGGCAUCGUCAGCACCAUCGUGAAGCGACUCAAGAGCAUCCGCGACCAGAACGAAAUCCUGCCCUUCAUACCCAAGACGCAAUACAUCACGCAGGACACAGAAGAUGCGCUUCAUCUCGAUACCCUAGAUAAGCUUCUGAGGCACCCAAACUUCUCGGUUCGUGAAGUCGCCACCAAGAUCCUCUGCGACAGGGCCAUCAACGAUCCGGAGACGACGACGACGCUUCUGUACGGAAUCACAAGACCAGACGGCGACGAACGAAUACGAUGCCUGCGAGCGCUAGCUCUCCUGACCGGACAGACCAUGGAACUCGACGGCCUGUCCAAGCUCCAUGAUGCCAAAGCCUACUCGGCUCUGGUGCGAUCGCUGGAGCUGUCUCUGCAGAGCAACGACCCCCCCGAUCUCAGCAACAGCCACUGGGAUGAGUAUCACCUGCGUGACAUGGACGAGCGGUUCUGUCUCAUGUUCAUCCUCGAACUGGUGAACAAGUACGGCGCAUACAAGCUCGUCAUGGCCAAGUUUGUCGAAAAAUGGCUCGCGAAACAAGAUUGGGGAAGGGAACCUAAAGAACGACGUCGAAGGUUCAGAGAGUACAUGAAGCUCAAGAGCAACCGACUGGUGGACAUUGUCACCCGCAUCAAGCAGAGCAAGCGUGGCCUGCGGGCCCUGGAGGAUGCCGGACUGAUGGCCGAAGAUGGACCUCGGCGGCCAGUCCAGGAGCUGCCAAAAAGUAUCAAGGAAGUGGAGGAAGACACGGGUGAGCAGCUGGCCGAUCAACAACCUCUACGAGCCAGGGAACAUUCGGCCGAGGAGAGGCGGCUUCGACGACAACAUCGGGAGGCAAUGGUUCUCAACGAUGGCACGCGGCCGCUGGGACGAGAAGAUAUAAUUGAACGAGACCACGGGUCACCGACAUAG